GAGGCGCCGGGCGCUGUCUGUGCGCGCUGGUGCUGAAAGCGGCCGCCCGUCGAGGAUGGGCGGUGCGGCGCUGCGCUUGGUAGCGCUAGUGGUGGCGGUGGAGGCGGCGGCCGGGCUGGGGCUUGGGGCCCUCUGCACCCUCCACAGGCCACUAGGCGCCGGGCGGUUCCAUUUCCAGGCCUCCGACGGGCGGGAGCUGCUGAGCGCCGUUUGGGAACCUCGACAGGAGGGUCUGAGCGUCUGCCGCGUGGCCGUCGAGCCGCCGGGCUUGGACGCCUUUCUGAGUCGCUGCAGCCGGCGGAAGGCGCACCAAGGGCCGGCUUUCCGCAGCUUGGAGGCGGCCAAAGCGGCCUGCCUGCUCUUCGAGUCCGGCCGCGCCUCCCCUCGACGGAGGAUCAAGCGAGGCUUCACCUACCCCGGCACUCUGUGGUGUGGCGCCGGCGAUAUCGCGGAGAGUUACGAGCAGCUGGGGGAGCAUCAGGAAACAGACAGGUGUUGCCGGGAGCAUGACCACUGCCAACACGUCAUUUACCCCUUCACCUCAAAGUUUGGGUACCGCAACUUCCGCUGGCACACCAUCAGCCACUGUGACUGUGACAAACGGUUAAAAGCCUGCCUGAGGCGGGUGAACGAUACGGCCUCCCGUGUUGUGGGCCAGGCCUUUUUCAACGUCAUCCAGGUCCCCUGUUUUGAGUUCACCUACAAGGAGCAAUGUGUGGAAUCUUAUCUCUAUGUCUGGUGCAAGAAUUACAGCACUGUGGCGGUGGCAGUAGCCCAGGAGUCAGUUCUGUACGACUACGGCGGGGAGCCCAUUGACGGCCCAGCCACACGGCAGCCACCAACCAUGUCUACAUCAGCAGCCCCUGGCCGAGGGCCCAGCCUUGGGGGGCAGACCACCUCUAGCACUCAAGCCAGGCCAAGCAGCUCCCCAUCGAAGCCGCGUAAAGGGAAGGGCAAAGGGCGGAAGGGUCGUAAGGGCAAGGGCUCAAAGGCAACCAAGGGGGCUGGCUCUGUCAAGCCACUAGCAGCAGAAGGGCUGGGGAAGGGGACCUACCAAGGGCAGAAGCCCUCUGUGGCAGAGGAAGAGACCUUCAAUGCCAUCCUCAGCGAUGAGCCAGUGAGCCUGCGGACUAAGAAAACAGGCACUGCUGAGCCCUCCUCCUCAUUGCGCCCUUUGCCAACUCCUUCCCAAAGAAAGAGGAAGGGCAGGAGGAAGCGUCUUCGGCUGCAGAAGCCCAGCUGAAAGGAGAGUGCUGCCAAGCCUCCGAGGGGCUUCGCCAUAAACAAGUCCGUUCCAUUAAGGCCAGCCUUUCCUACUAACCCUCCCCCUCCCUGACUGUGAAGGUGCUGCUGCCCCCUAGACUGAGAGUGGCUGCUGAAGCAUCCGGGUACUUGCCUAAAUUAUGCAAGUUAGCACACAUUUGCAUUGAUUUUGCAUAAUUUAUUCUUCUGGUGCUCACAGGAAGAGGCAGAGAAUUGUUAGCUGAUUUUCAAGAUAGCAUUAAAACAGUUUCUUUUUUUCUGGA